AUGGGUGACUGGAACCUGUUGGGCAGCAUCCUUGAAGAAGUGCACAUCCACUCUACCAUAGUUGGCAAAAUCUGGCUCACAAUCCUGUUCAUAUUCCGGAUGCUGGUGCUGGGAGUGGCUGCUGAAGAUGUCUGGGAUGAUGAGCAGUCUGAGUUCAUCUGCAACACAGAGCAACCUGGCUGCAACAAUAUCUGUUAUGACCAGGCCUUCCCCAUCUCUUUGAUCAGAUACUGGGUACUUCAGGUCAUAUUUGUCUCUUCUCCAUCACUAGUUUACAUGGGCCAUGCACUCUACAGGUUAAGGGCUCUUGAGAAGGAGCGACAGAAGAAGAAAGCCCACCUGAGGGCUCAGCUAGAAGACCUGGAGCCCGUGCCUGAGGAGCACAGGAGAGUGGAAAGAGAACUGCGUAAGCUGGAGGAACAGAAGAAAGUGAAUAAGGCACCCCUGAGAGGGUCCCUGCUGCGCACCUAUGUCCUACAUAUCCUGACCCGAUCUGUGGUCGAAGUGGGUUUUAUGAUAGGUCAGUAUCUUUUAUACGGGUUUCACAUGCCCCCCCUUUAUAAAUGCACUCGAUCCCCUUGCCCUAACACGGUGGAUUGUUUUGUGUCCCGACCAACAGAGAAGACCAUCUUCAUGGUCUUCAUGAACAGCAUCGCUGCUGUCUCCCUGUUCCUCAACCUCCUGGAAAUUGCCCACCUGGGCCUCAAGAAGAUCAAGAAGAGCCUCUACUGGCGCCCUCUGCGACCGGAGGAGGAGGCCAGCCUCUACAACUCCAAGAAGAGCUCCGUGGUGCCACCAGCCUGCCUGGCCAGCAACGCCUCUCCGCCGCGGCCCGGCACAGCCCCGCCGCCCGCCGGCGCUCCCGCGGGGCAGCCGGACGCUCAGCCGGGCCGCCAGCACCGCGGAGAGCUCCGCGGCGCGCCCCCGCCCCGCCGCCGGCACAGCGCGGGGCAGCACCACGGACAGCAGCCGCCGCCCUCCUCCAGCAGCGACGAGGCGCCGCGGGCACCCAGCGCAGCGACUGCAUCCCGCCGGGGGCCCCGCAGGCACAGCCGGGGCAGCGGCUGCCGAGACCGCGAUGAGGAGCGCGGAGAAUCCCCGGACAGCGGGCACUGCCCGGGCACCCGCAACUCCAGCUUCCUCUCCCGCGUCCUCACCGGGAGCAGGGCGAGCAGCGACAGCGACAGCGCCGCCUCCUGUGGAGACCCCGGCCCCGGCUCCGGCUCGGGCUCCGGCUCGGAGGGCAAGCGCCGGGAGGAGGACAGCCCGACCAGCAGCCCGCCGCCGGCAGCCGCCAUGGGCCGCCGUGUGUCGAUGGCAAGUAGCGCCCCGCGGCCCAAGGGGAAGCCCACGGGAGGGGGCAGCGGCGGAUCCUGGGCCGGGGCGGGACCCCCGGCUCCGUGCCCGGCCCCGGGAAGGAGGGAUAGAGCCAGGGGGCAGGGAGGCUUGGGCAGCGCUUCCGACCCUAACAGCACCCUAACACCAUACAUCCUCUCGAUCAACCCGAGUUCCCGCACAUUUUGUCCCCUUCUCGGGUGA